AUGUGUGCCAGACUCUCUCCUGUAACUCUAUGCUGUGUGACUGAGACUCUGGCUGUUUGGCUGUGUUGUGGAGCUCAUACAGAGGCUUCUGUGCUCAACCUGAAGCGUUUCAUCGGCUGUGCAGUCAGAGAAUUGACCUUUCUGGCCCGUAAGCCAGGAUGCAGUGGGCUGCACAUCACCACUGAUGCCUGCUGGGGGCGCUGUGAGACCUGGGCAAAACCAGUCCUGGACCCACCCUUCAUCGAGUCGCACCAGCGUGUGUGCACUUAUAAUGAAACUCGAUUAGAAACGGUGCAGCUGCCGAACUGCUCAGCAGACGUGGACCCGUCCUACACAUAUCCAGUGGCCCUCCGGUGUGACUGUGGGGUUUGUCUCACCAGCACCAUGGAAUGCGUCACUUCGGUCUGA